UCGCUCGCUACUCACCAGCGACAGUUGGCAAGGGACGUGCGUUGUGGCUGAUAAGGGUUGUUUUUUUUAGGUUAAAAAAGACAUUCAUCACUUACAUGACUUGAAUGUCGAAUUUUGGGAUGGAGGUGGGCGUGCGUAGGGGGGGAAAAGGUCACACCGACCGGGUCAAACAAUAACUAACCUUGAUAUUUUGGCUGGUUUCUUGUGUUGUGAGUGAAGGCGCUGGACUAUUCAGUGUGUACAGAUAACAUCGCCGUUAUCAACAAUGCCUCGGGGGCUGUCCUCUUCGCCGUUCAUGAAGCCAUUUGUGGUGUUGGCAUUGCCUGGCAUGUAUCUUUUCUACAAGUACAACCAAUAUCGUCGUCAACAAGAGGAACAGAAUCGACGUAAAGUCACUGAGCGGGAACUGGCACACCUCAACCACAAAAUUGAUAAACUACUUUCCAAACUGGAAGAGAACGAACCGGAGCUCGCAACUUCGCAAGAAGACGAGUGCGUGAUAUGCGUGAACGCCAAAGCGACGAUGCAGACUUCUCCUUGCGGUCAUCGCGUCGUUUGCCGGAAGUGCUUCGUGAAGACGAUCCAGAUGGCAGUGUCCCAGCGUCUGUUGCCCCUCCGUUGCGUCAUUUGUCGCGCGAAGAUCCUCCGGCUAAAGCAGAACGGCGUCACGGCAGGGGGCGUCCUCCUACCGACGUCGGCGUCGCAUUACUCUGUGGGCAGCAAAUCUUGGGUGGUUCCAAACUCGGCUUCUACGUAUACCAUGGGGACGAGUAAGUGGGUUGUUCCUGGUUCUGCGUCUAGCUACUCCGUGGGCAAGACGUGGGUGGUUCCCAACUCGGCGUCUCAGUACUCCAUGGGCAGUCAUGGCUCGGUACCAAAUUCGGCGUCAUUGUAUUCCAUGACGUCUGGAUCAUCUUCCCUGUCCGGUGUGUCUUCCGUGAGUUCUGCGACGAAUGGCAGUCAGAGCUCAAACAAAUCGGGGAAGUGUACCGGGCCGAGGGUAGGUUACCCACGGCAACCCACGGGCUCGCUUCGGAAAUCGCAGACGCAAGCAAUGAAGCUUCGGAUACAGGAAUAUAAGGAACCUGUGAGGUCUAACAAGGAACAGCCGGAGAAGCCCACACGCCUCCCGCCCAUCAAAGAGUUCCAGCGAGAGUUCCGGGCAGGCAAAGAGCGAACCGCUUCGUCUUCCACGCGGAUACGAUGUGCCCAGAAAAUUGUCACACAGUUAGAGACAACUCCACUGCUCAAAAAUUUAACCACCACCACAACCACAACCACUACCACAUACUUCCGGUCACCACUGAAACCUGCCAACAAAGAAGACAAGAAAAAGGGAGAAAAACGAAAAGAAGAGAAGAAGAAGGAUGAAAAGAAAGAAAAAGAUGAAAAUGUGGAAAAUAAAAAGAAGGAGGAUAAACAGAACAAAAAAUCUGAGAAGAAAGAAACCAAAACAGAGAAGAAAGAAGUGAAGACAGAGAAGAAAGACAACAAAACAGACAAGAAAGAGAGUAAGAAAGAAGUGAAGACUGAGAAGAAAGAAAGCAAGAAAGAAGUUAAAGCUGAGAAGAAGAAAGAAAAGAAAGAUACAAAAAUGGACAAGAAGGAGAAAGAUUAG